UUUUUUUUUCGUUUUUCUAUUUUUCUAUCUAUCCCUUUCUAAUAUCUGCACUUGUAUUUUUUUUUCUCUUUUGUCUAUUUUCUUUUCUUCCACUUCCUUUUAUAGUUUUUCUUCUUUUAUUCCGUCUCAUUACACAGCAUGGCUUCCUGGUUUUCUCAAUUAUCAAGCACUGUUUCCAAUGUCACUGGUCUUGGCACAACGGUAGAAUCCAUCAAGUCAGUUGGUGAAACUGUUACGGAUGGUCAAUAUUAUAGCAAGUUGACUGAAAAUGAUCUUGACUGGACUCUUGCAUCUGGCUCAUCCACUGAAAACCAAGUAUUCUAUGUCACUACUCGAACUGGAGGAUUCGCUUUUGUUCAAUUGAUUCAUUCCAAUAUUGGGAUUUGGAAUCCUACUAUUUCUUUCACGUGUCGAUUCUACGAUCCUACUACUAAUACCAACGUAUUCAAAAAUAUUAAUAUGUCCAACUUUGAACUCUCUGAUGAUCGUCGUUCCGUCAAGACUGAUCAUUUCAACAUCACAUUGGAUCCUACCCAACAAACUUAUAAGGUACAAAUUACUCAUCCUGAUUUGGUAGUGUCUUUGGAUUUCAGUCGUAUCGAUAAAGGAUUCAAGGUGGGUGAAGGUCGUACUUAUUUAGGUGGUGAUCAAGGUUCUGCUGCUGGUUUUGUCUCUCACAAGUUCUGGCCUCGUGCUCAAGCCAAAGGUACUUUUAUUGUGGAUAAGCAAUUACAUGAUAUCGAAGGUGAUGGUAUGUUUAUUCAUGCUAUUCAAGGUAUGCAACCUCAAUUGAUCGCUUCCAACUGGAAUUUUGUCAAUUUCCAUGCACCUGAAGCUGCUCUGUCCAUGAUGCAAUUUCAAACUACAAAACAAUACGGCUCUGUCAAUAUUAACCAAGGUUCACUUGUACUUCACGACAAACUUAUCUGUGUCUCUGUGGACAAUCAUGUGGAAUUAUUGGAUUUACAAAAAGAUGAAGAAACCGAAUAUGAUAUUCCUCAACGUAUCAAGUUGACUUGGAAGGGCAAGACAAUCAAGGAAGAUGGAAAGGAAGAAGAAGAACCAAAGGAUGUGCAAGUUGAAAUGAUCGUUACUGUGAAGAAUCUGGUGGACAAAAUUGAUGUCUUGGCGGAAAUUCCUUGGUUUUUAAAGAAAUUGGUUCAAACUUUUGUUGUCAAACCUUACAUCUAUCAAUGGCUCGACAAGGCAACGGCUACUAUUACUGUGGGUGAUGAAACAGUUCAAGUCGAAGGAAACUGUUUCCAAGAAUUGGUCUUUGUCUCUGGUUUUUAGUUGAUUCGUCUUAUUAUUACUAUUAUUAUUAUUA